ACUUACAGGUUAGAGACGGUAUAAAAGGAAGCCAAGUUCAAGACUCAAGACAAACUGCGAGACGACGUCCACCACAGUACUUCAAACGUUUGGCAGAGAAGGGUCGGAAACUCUACAUAACGAACCAUGAGGAUCUUCUGUGUUGUGCUGGUGGUGUGCCUGGCUGGUGCCGCCUCCGCAAAGUCCCUACAGGAGGUGGAAGAGUUGCUCCAGGCCCUUCGCGAGGCGAUUCAGACCGCCGAUAAGGAAGCUGUACCUGCCGAUAAGGCCGCUGUGCCUGAGGGGAACGCCAAGGGAGAAGCAGAGGUCGUCAAAGUGAACGAGAAAGGCGUGGUCUUUGCCGAACGAAUCGCUUUUGAUGACGCCAACAACUGUGAGACUCUUCACGUGCCUGCGCACAACGAGCGGGCAGAGGUCGACAUUCGGCACUGCUUCGAUGACAAAAAGGGUUCGUCCGGUACGUCCAUGUACUGCAUCACUCAGGAGUCCCAUUGUUUCCUGCUUCCCGUGGCUAAAGAAGGGGAACCGGGUCUUCAGCAGCAGGAGGAAGGCAUUCAGGAGUUUGAGAACCAAAACAACGCUGUCCUCGACGCAAACGGCAUCGACGUCCAGGACAACAAGUGGGUCAUUACCGGCGUAGCAGACCGCUCGGGUCUGCCCGAACCUCUCGCCACCUUCAACCCAGACUUCAAAGUCUUCUAUGCAGCCAAAAUGGACGAAGACGCAGUCAUUCUGCAAGAAGGUGCUGUCGUCCCGGAAGAAAAUGACAAGCGGAGCCUGUUCGGUGGAUGUUCUAACGGUGCCAUCCCCCAAACGAUGUACGCCGUGACCGACCGGAACGGGUGUGAGUACCUGGUGUUCUGUGACCGACACCCUGUGAGCGGGACCGCCGACUGCCCCCGUCGCCACGUCACAGACACCUUUUUCCUGACUUGCCUGUGCUGCCCCGGGACCACCCAUCACAGCCAAUGCCUGUACUGCAAUGACCUCACAUGCAACCACGGCUGCCCGAGUGGUUGAAACAAGUGACAGGCCAGCAAGAUACAGCAGGCAUAGCCGGAAUGCAAGCUCAGAUAUUGCCUUUCGUUAGGGCUCUAGAAGAUUAUUAAAACGCAACUUCAAGCAAUUAAUUUUUUUAAACUGUGACUAUGAUUCACAAAAAGACUAAAAUUGUACCAAUAAAACUAUGUUGUAAUUAAUAUUUUAACCUCUCCAAGUGACAUAUCUGAAUUAACCUAUCACAACUUAUCAUUGUAUGAUCAUUUUGCUCUAAAUGAUAUAAAUGUCCUAAUGAAUGUGAGAAUUAGUAAAAGAUAUUAUUCAAUUUAAACCUCACAACAUACAAACUGUCUUGAAAAACCCCUUUUCAUGCUGUACAAGGCAUUUAGGUGUCCGUUGAAAACAAACAACGUGCCUGUGAUUUAUUUCCAGUGCUAAGAUAAAAACAAUUGUAGAAUCUGUACUUCACUAACUGUAUUGAGAAAAUCAUUGUUUGUGCUGUUGGGAUUUUUUUUUAAUCAUUGGUGAUUGUCUUUAAGAUCAAUCUUAGUACUCGUCUUACAUACUUCUGUGUGAGCAGUGUCCUUGCUUUUUGUAUACCCAAGACAUUUAGCAACAAUAAAAGUGCUUUGCACAA